CCCACAGAUGAGGAUGAGGACGGUGGAGAAGACAGCUAUGUCAGUUUAGAAAUGGAGGUGAUAUGUGAGGAGGGUGUUGACACAUCUCACUCUGGAGACAAAGAGGAUCUAGAAAUUUUAACACCAGGUGAAGCAGAGCACAACAGGGAUACAGAAUCAUCCCCCUCUGAAGUUUCAAACCAAGCCAGUGAAAACAGGUCAUCAUUUAAAACAUUGAAACUGCAAACAAGUAUAACUAAACCAAUCCAGCCAGGGGAGGACACAGAAGGAGAAAGUGGUGUUCACCAGCAGAAAAGUCGUAAAGUCCCAUCAAUUUUGUCUCAUCCUAAAGCUCCAAAGCAACCUUCAGCAUCUGGAAAGAAGAAGACCAGCCUGCUGACAUCUGUCAAUCACCACUGUCUGAAAGCGGCUCAGACAUCCACGACUCCUGUGAUAACAAGCGCCGGCAAUGGCGCGACCAACCCCUCAACUGUACCGAACCCAGCAGCCAGCUCAAAGGCACUGAACCGCAGCCACAAAACAAAAGCUGGUGGUGGUGCAUCAUCAGUGAUCAGACAUGUUCUCACCCAGAGUGAUCCGCCCCCUGUCUCUGUCAUUGUAGCUUCCAGUAAAACUAACACUCCCAUCUGUGUAAACUCAUUGGUAAACAUUACGGACCGUGAUUGUGCAGUGGGAGGUGCAAGAGCAUCCUCCCACACCAACUUGGCACCAACGCCCGGUUCAGCUUUUGUGGCCAAUGCUGAUGUAACAUUGUAUGGAACCGAAUCCUCUCAAAACAGGUCAGUAAAAAAUUUUUGUUAAGCAUCUCUGAAUAAAAAUUGUCUAAGUGUAAUGAACACUUAACAUGUGCAGGUGCGAGUAAUGCAGAUUUGUCUGUUUGUUUAUGUUUGCACAAUGGUAUAAUAAAACUACACAGUUUCAAAAAAAAAACUAUUGCAAAACUUGUAAAUCUGUGUUUUUGUUUUGAUGAUCUAUGGAAUUUUGAAUAGAAUUCUAUUAUUUUUGCCUAUCUUUAAGUAGAAAAUUAUCAUCCUUUUUUUCAUCAAUUAGAUCAGGGAUGACCAAUCCAAAUGGCUUUAAAUUUAAAGGCCUCUUUGAUUAUAAUUCAAAUGCUAGAGGAAAUUGAGGUUCCCUUUACCUUAGUUACCUAGCUUUGUUUAUAUAAAUCCUUUAAUUUAUGUAGUUACUAAAUUGUAACAUUAACAUAGUAACAAUUUUUAUUCAAAAUUACUUAUUUGAAUAUUUUUAUUUUUAAAUCAAUGUAAAAGAGUGGUGUUCAGUAUGGGAGUUCAAUAAUAAUUGUUGCAACUGGAUAUUAUGUUUGAUUACGCGCAGUAUGUGUUUGAGAGAUUAAGUAGUUAGUGAACGUUCUUCCCACGCUUGACUUGGUGACAUAUUUUUAUGCGUAUCAUGACAUAUUGUCUAGUCGGCGAGUGAAAGAACUUGAUGAAUUAACCAAUAUGGCACAAACAUGAGUUUGACAAGGGGUACACCAAAAUGGCUCAUACUCAUAAAAAAGUGCAGGUAUGCCAAGAAUUUUUUAAAAUGGCUAAAUGAGUGAAGAAAUAAGUUCAUACAUCAGGCGGGCCACAAUAUUUAUUGUGGCGGGCCGCAGGGUGGCCACCCCUGCUAGAGAGUUAAGUUUGCACAAUGUAUGGAGGCAUAUUUUUUAAAAACAAAAUUCAAUUUGUAUGGUUUGUCUAGUCUUUGAGGAAUCGCUCUUUCAAAUGUUUUUUGCUUUUUUUUUUUAAAAAUUAAUUGAAAUAUUUCAACUAUGUAAAGAAAGGAUUGUAAGCUUUGUAAUUAUUCCUGAAAUGACAGCCAACUUUUUAAAGCUCCAAUGUGCAUCAAUUCAAUAGCAAAGAAAUGAAGUUGAAAACUAGAUAUUAGAUUACCUUUUCGUAGGAAUUCCUUCUCAAAAUCACUCAGACCACAUUCAAAAGAAAAUAAAAUAAAUUUUAACCGCUUUUAUUUUGUCUUCUGUUUGCCACUUUUACAGAACUUUACUGGUAAAAUCUAUUCUAUUUUGAUAUCAUAAUUGCAAUCCCUCUGUUAAGUCUCUACCUCAUGCCCUUGUUUCUGGGGGAUUUACCUUAUCAAACAUUAUUUUUAAUUUUUUUUGUGUGGGGGGGGGGGGGUGGAGGGAUGAUAAAGAAUAGUUGUGAAAAUCAAAGUUUUCCAGUUUCAUGUCAUAAAGUAAUAAAUUUUUUUAAAUUACGUUUUACACCAGGAGAUCCCAAGCUAGCCGAUUUCAAGAACUUCUCCAGCAGGUGUCAAAGGUAAGAAAUGAUUGUUAUAAAUUUGUUUUAACUCUCAGUCUCAGGAGGCCAAAUCGUUAUGGAUUUUCUAAAAAAAAAAAAUCUAAUGGCAGCAUUGUUAUCAAUAGAAUUUCUCAUUUUAAAAAAAAUACAGAUGUUAUCUGACAUAUUUAUUAUCCUGUUUACCUGUGUUUGGGUUAUUGUUCUAAAGGUUGCUAAUUUCUAACAAUUUAUUUCUCUGAUACAUGGAGGCAAGUUGUAAUAGUUUUUUUUUGUGGUUUUUUUUUUUUUUUGGUAUACAGUUUUAUAAAAAAUCUGCCAACAAUAUGAAAAAAUUAGAAGCCUGGCACAAAAAAGCUUUGAAGCUUAAUUUAUUUAUUUAUUAUAAGGCUCAGAAUAAAAGAAAUCUCCUGCGAGACAUCCGAAAAAUGCUGGUACUUAUUUUCUUAGCAUUGGUCCCUUUUCUUGUCAAGUCUAUGAAACCUGAAUAAUAAAUUUUAUGGCACCGUCUAAUAGAUUUGGUGGCACCGUCUGAUAGAUUUGGUGGCCACCUAGCUACACAAGAUAUUACACCCAGUUUUCUUUGAUUUAUUCCUAUAUUAAAAUUUAUGUGCAAGUGUUUCACAAUAAUGGAUUGGAUUUUAAAAGUUAUUGUAUUUGUAAAGUCUUAUCAUGUUCACAAUUAAAAAAAUAGAUAAAAAGCUGUAUCAUUAAUCCACAGAUAAACACCAUGAUAAGCACAGAAAUGACAUCUCUUAUUAAAGUGGCACAGGAUAUGUCAGAUGAGGUUUGCUUUUCUUUGUACCAUAUGUACUCUUUCUAAAGCCAACUUUUUUGUGGAAAUAUUUCAGAGGAAUAAAUUGGGUGCUAGGGUUAAGAGAUAACGAAAUUGUUAUUGUUGAUCAACUGUCGACUGUAUUCUCUACAAGAUUUGAAUACAUUAACAGAAGCUUUAAAUAUUACUAAAUAUAUCCACUAACCUUACUUAAAAUAAAAUUUUAAUGUCAUGUUUUAAAAAUUUUGAUUCCAGCUAAAUUUUAAUUGAUGCACCUCAGCCAUUGUUUACUGACUUACACAAACAAAGAUACCGGAAGUAGUUGGUGCUACUAUGCAGUAGUUUUUUUAGCCCCAUCAUUCUCUCAUUGAUAUUCUUUGGUACCAUACUGUUUACACUGACAUUUCAUUUUAUGAGGUCUGCUUAUGAGUGGGUUAUAAUAAUAAUAAUAAGACGUCUUAUAUAGCGCGGUACCCCAGCCUAGGGCUGGGCUCACCGCGCUGAACAUAAAAAUAGAGACAUAAUUAUGGCAUUAAAAUAAAAUACAUUUAUGAAAAAAAGAACAGCAAUGUAUAUUCACCCACCCCACCACAUAACUUUUACAAGAUAAACCAUGGACGGCAGCCAGCAAGAUCAUUUAUUGGUCAGAGGAGGGAAAUCUGUCAGGGUAGUAUAAUUUAAAAAGAUAUGUUUUUAGUGCAGUUUUGAAGGCCUGGGUGGUUGGUAUAUUGUGUAUGUUUAGUGGCAAAGAAUUCCAUUGUACACUUCACACUUUUCUCCUUCAAAAACUAAAGGGUCUGGUUAUAAACAAAAAGACUUUAGAAUGAGUAUCUAAGGCAAACAUAAUUUUUAUUAGCUUUCUUCUUUGCCCCACAAAAAUUUUCAGUUAAAUCCAAUAGCAUUCAGUUAUUUAAUCUGUUAGAUGAUAUUAAUUUUUUUUAAAAAUAAUUAUUAAUUAGUGUUAUCUGUAAAUGUAUAUUUUUAAUUAUUAGGAAAACAUCAUCUAGCCCAGAAAAUUUUAUUCGAAGAAAUCUGUGCCACUGCCCAACAUCCUGCAAACGAAAUGCCUAUCUCGCAAUAGUCGGUCUGCUACUAGAAUAUGGUUCGAUAAUCUAGGACCCAUACCUAAAGCAAGACGUGGACAAGAUGGAGCAAAUACAACGCAACGCAGUGCGCUUCAUUGCAAGUGACUACAUAUCCAUCACUCCACUCCUGGCUUUGUCACUGACCUGUUAAAAAGAUAUGACAUCCCCUCCCGUCUAACAUUUCUCUAUAAAGUGGUCAUGGGGCUAGUGCCGGCCAUUCCAGCUAACACGUUUCUCACCCCACAGAAGCCAGGUCGCUUAAUCAGAGCCAAACGCUCAAUAAACACUGACUUCACCUCUGGAAACUCCAUGAGCAGUUACAUUUGGAACAAUGGUAAAGGCUUCACUGUACCUCGGUGUAACACAGUUCAAUAUAAACAAUCAUUCUUCCCACAAACAAUAAUUGCUUGGAACCAACUGGACAAGGCUGCCGUGGACUCGACAUCAAUCGAAAGUUUCAAGGCUUCCCCUGGCACCCGCUAGGAGCCGUUAGGAUAGCCGCAUCGUUUCCCAAACCAUUGCACAUAUGCCAGUACUUUGUUGCAGCAACGUAGUCUAUCAGAGAUGCUUCUUUUGAUUUGCAUGCAGCUUUUUGUACUCACUAUUACUGUCUUCACCUGAUUUUUAUCUGGACGGUUAUUUCACCAGUGGUGGCCCAUUCACUUUCACCAGUGGUGGUCCAAUCAAUUUCUUCAGUGGUGAUCCAAUCAAUUUCAUCACUGGUGGUCCAAUCAGUUUCACCAGUGGUGGUCCUAGUAACUUCACCCCCUUUUACCAGUAACUAAAAAAAAUGUUGUUGAUUUUGGCUUCUCUGAUGGUGCAAGGUUCAGUCGCAUCGCCUUAGGGCAACCCCUAUUGGCAACAUUGGUUAUCUGAAACAGAUUUUUAAAAUGCAAAUAUGCAGGAAAAAAUUGAUAAGAUGUACAAAUACUUAGUGUAGUUUGGGGUUCUUCAGAAAGAUUUACCAGUACUCUGUAGAAGUUUGUACCAAUUUGCAAUUUACAGUAUUGGACAACUAAGUCCAUUUGUCAAAGCAAACAGGCUUUUUUGGUUUUUGCUGGAGUGGACCUGAAUGAAUAAUGGUUUUUACAGCAACAACCAAUAUCUACAGACUAUGCAAUAAUGGUGACCAAAAAUGAAAUGGAAAGUUCUUACAAAAAAAAGUACAGACGCACCUGGAAACACACAUUUGGAUGGUUUCAGGAAGCCGCUGAUGGAUCUGAGGCAGCUUAUUGUAAAUUGCAUCACUGCCAAAUUAUAGCAGAAAUCAUCCGUCUCUUUAGUAGUCAUGAAAAAACCGACGAAACACAAACGCUGUCGGAGCGCCUCAUUAAAAACACUUACAAUGACGAAAUGGGAGUUCCGCAGCCCAUCGGCUGGCAAUGAAAUUACUGAAAGAAGAUUAUUUAACUUACCAGGUGGUUUUGUAAUUAUGUGUGCCAUCUGAAGCUGAACAUGUGCUAUGCUUAAACUGGCUUUAUCAUCAACAUUCUUUUCAUUUUCAGUGUUGUAAUUGUAAAACUAAAACAGAGGGCUAACCUUUCCCCUGGCACAAAUAAUAUGUACAGAAAAGAAUUAUUAUCUCCACGCCCUACACCAUUUCCACAAACAGCCAUCUCAAAAGUACUGUUCCUUUUGUCGUUAAACACCUGCCCUUCCCAACACCCACCCUUUUAACCCUGUCCCCCACAGUGACCGCCACUGCCUAGCUUAAAUGUAAUUGUUUGGCCUCAAAUUUUGAAUUUUAGGUAACCUACCAAUAUCAGGCUAAAAAUAUUUGAAAGGGUUCUGUUUACGGGUACCUUUAAGUAGGAUUAGAUUUCUGUUGGGCUCUGCAUCAAUUUUAAUAUCAAAUGUAUAUAUUUGGUAUUCCUUAUGUUAAAAUUGCAAAAGCUUUCUUUUUAAACUCAAAUUAAACAAUUUAGAUUAUUUUUUUUUUUUUUUAAAUUUAUUGAAGGCACUUUCAAAGCAUGCAAGUAGCUCUGGAACAACUGCAGAAGUGGAGAAAACAACGGACAUGUACGAAAAGAAACUAGAGGAUAUGUCCAACAGUGCCAGUAAGUGUAUUCCAUUUUAA